AAAAUAUAUUUCCAAAUUGUUGUAAUAAUACAAGACGUGCAGUUCUUGAUUGAUCAGUGGAGCAUUUUUCCUUAAUCCAUGGGUGCAUCGGAAUCAUCUCUUUUAGGUUCCCAGUUUAAUUUCGGUAAGAAUCCCGAUGAUGGAAUCACCACCGUCUCCGAGCGUACACAAGAUGUCGACCCCAUUUUGGAGAGGCUUCAAUCACUCAAAAUUACGACACCGAUACUGACCUCAGCGCCGACCGAGAGUAGCUUGACUGAAAUUUUGGUCAGGAAACCAUCUUCUAGCUCAACUUCUGGUAAUGUAAAUCCUAAUGUUCUACUGGAGCUCUUUGCGAUGUACCGUGACUGGCAAGAGAAGAAGGCUCAAAAGAUUAUUCACAGACAGGAAGAUAUUGAAAACAAAAUAGAAGUUGCAGAUGCUUUGGCAGUUAAGCUUCUUCAACGUUUCAAUUACUCGGUCGCUGCAAUGAAAUCAACCUCUUGUCAUCUGUCAGAAGUCCAUGCCCUUCAAGUGGAUCUCGGAGAGUUGAAAGGAAGACUGACUGAGGUAAUUAGUAAUUGCGACUCGUUAUGCAAGAGAAUUGCUACCGAGGGACCAGAAUCGCUGCAAUCUUCAAUCAAGCCUUUUAAAGUAGCCUCCAUUGACGAGAAGACCAGCUCUGUCUCUUCAUCUAUGCAACUACCUGCACAGGAAUCGAAUCAAUUGCCACAGCAGGACAGUUAGUUCUUUUUUCCUUUAUUUAUUUGUAUUUGUACAUGUUUCUUGUCACAGAAUACAAUUAUAGAAGGCAGCUGAACGACAACACGUAAAUGAUUUAAACAAUGAAAUGUUGUGUCUGCCUUGUCUAUCUGGAAUUUAAGUGGUUGAAAGGACUGAUACCAUUAUUAAUUUGAGGAUAGGAAAUGAGACAAGUUUGUACAAUUUCAAUUAUUUUCCAGGGAAAUUUUUAUGAUCGCUAGUAUCCAUACCUUGCA